AUGGGCUCUAAAUGGGCUUUAACACUAGGAAGUAACGUGGUUACAAAAGACAGGAAGUGUUCGGACAAAACUGUAGAUUUCUGAGUGGAGUUGAUACUGAUUCCUCAGUACUAUACGAGAAGUAUUUCACGAUCUAG